AUGACCUUUAUCGCUCGUACAGGUGCCAUCUUCAAUGCAUCUGUCGGUGAUCUUCUCAACAUGAUGUCAGCUCGAACGGGUCUCCGAUCCAUCCUCUCGCUAUCUGUGUUUUUCGUUUUGUUUGUCUUCACCUUCGCCGAGUUCGAGUUUCUAGACGGUCCGCCCGACGGUCGCGUUGCCUGGGAAUUUCAGAAAUUAAACGACGAUGAGCUGAGAGAUCAGGAAGCUAACCAGCGUCCCUUUUCCGAGGUGAAACUCAACUACAAGUCGCCUCAGGAAAGAUAUCUUGAGGAGGCGAAAACGGUGACUACUAGCCAGUUCAAGAACUUCAAGUCGACCUACAACAACAUCAGGCCUCCGCGUCCAUCUUACAACAAUUCCCACAUCUACGAAGAUCCCCGUGCCUCUGUCCAGUCGGCCGACAUCGCAAAAUCGGCCAAAAUCUAUCGCCCUUACCCUGACUACAAUAGUGAAGAAUGGAAACGCACGCAUCGAGGCGCCUUUGUUCCCUGUGUCGGUCCUCGAGGCAUAACCCUUGACCAAAGCUUGGAUGACAACGUCGGCGUUUACGUCGGCGUCCCGGAAAACUUCCCCGAGCCCAGUUUUGGCUCUCAUGAAGUGAUCGGUGUCGACGGACAACUUUCGUAUGAUCGAUAUACCAGAUACGCCGCCUACGGAUACGGAGAAGAUGACCCCUCAUCCGAUUGGAUUCGCCCAGCUAAAGUUGAGUGGGACUCAGUGAACUGGGGAAGAUUACAACAGGAAUGUGUGCAGGUAAACGCCGGUCGGUAUAACACCACUUCGGCAAGCGAAAGCAGUGGAUUGUCUUCUUGGUUUGGUCGUCGAUCACGCCCGGGAAAUCUCAUUAAUCCCGAAACAGCUCCUGAAAAGCGCACCGCCAUUCUGAUCCGUAGUUAUACCGACAAGCAAUACUCCGAAAACGACAAGCAGGUUAUUCGUUCAAUGGUUCAGGAGCUAUCUCUUCAGUCCGGCGGCGAGUAUGAGGUUUUCUUGCUAGUCCAUGUGAAGGACGACGAGAUUCCUAUCGAGCAGGAAGAUACAUACGAACAAGUCCUUCGUGACUUUAUCCCUGUUGAGUUCUGGAACAUGACUAUCCUCUGGAAUGUUCCCAUGGUGUCUAAGCGAUACAACAAGCUCGAUCCUGCGGUUUUGAAUGUCCAUCAAUCGCAAUGGCUUCCCAUUCAGCACUUCGUUUUGGAGUAUCCGGAAUUCGACUUUGUCUGGAACUGGGAAAUCGACACCCGCUACACUGGUCAUAUGUACGAAUUUACAGAAGCAAUUGCAUCAUUCGGCCGCAAGCAACCCCGUCGCGGUCUUUGGGAACGCAGCGAGCGUUUCUAUAUCCCCGCUAUCCAUGGCAAAUACGACACCGACUUCCGAGAGUUCGUGGCCGAAAAGGGUGGAUCAGGUGUCUGGGGUCGUCUGGGUUAUGAAAUGCAGGCAGAGAAGCUGCCAACGCCCAAAGGCCCAACUCCACCAGUUCUUUUGCCCGAAAAUGACGACUAUCAGUGGGGUGUUGGCGAGGAUGCCGACUUUGUUGGAUUCUUGCCUAUUUUCAACCCUUACCGCACCAAUUGGGUGUUGAGAGACGAUGUGUUUGGAUAUCUCGGCACCGAAACGCCACGAAGAGCCACUAUCAUUACACAUUCCCGCGUGUCCAGAAGAUUAGUUCUUGCUAUGGACGACGAAAACCUGAACGGUCGUCACGUUGGAUCCGAGAUGAAUCCUCAAACUGUGGCUUUGCUUCAUGGUUACAAAGCCUCGUAUGCACCACACCCAAUUUGGUCAGACAAGCCACUUGCACCUAAACGUAUGGACCGAUGGUUCAACUCUGGUGUCAACGGCCGGUCAGGCAGCUCUUUGGACAGCCCAUUCUCAUGGGGUCGUGAGCAACGGUUCAGAGAUUUGUCCUGGUACUACCGCUGCAAUGUUCCUGGUCGGUUGUACUGGAACUUCCUAGGAUGGGAGAAGGACACGACCGGAGGGCCAGCCUACGAGAAGAGAUACGGCCGUGUGAUAUUGCCGUCCAUGUUCUUCCAUCCUAUCAAGGAUGUAAGCCCUGAUUCCGACAGCAUGAACUAUGACCUUCCAGUUUAA